CAAACGCAACACUUAAAACCGGAGCCACUGAAAUGGUCCCAAACAAGGCUUUUAUUUUGAAGCGGGGCUACUGCGACUUCCGGCGGAUCAGAAUCUGGGCGAGCGCAAACGCGGUUUUGAACGCUGGUCAGAGAGUCGCGAGGACUUCAGAGGCGGUGCCGCUGCCGUGAGGACGCAGGAUGCAGACCAUUAAGUGUGUUGUGGUGGGCGACGGGGCGGUGGGGAAGACAUGCCUCCUCAUCUCCUACACCACCAACGCCUUCCCCGAGGAGUACAUCCCCACCGUGUUUGACAACUACAGCGCUCAGAUGAGCGUGGACGGCCGUACGGUGAGCCUCAACCUGUGGGACACGGCGGGGCAGGAGGAGUACGACCGUCUGCGCACGCUCUCCUACCCACAGACCAACAUCUUCAUCAUCUGCUUCUCCAUCGGCAGCCCCUCGUCCUUCGCCAACGUGCGGCACAAGUGGCACCCGGAGGUGACCCACCACUGCCCCGGCGCUCCCAUCCUGCUGGUGGGCACCAAGAGAGACCUGCGCUCGGACGCGGAGACGCUGAAGAAGCUGAAGGAGCAGGGCCUGGCUCCCACCUCGCACCAGCAGGGCGGCGCUCUGUCCAAGCAGAUCGGAGCGGUCAAGUACCUGGAGUGCUCUGCGCUGCUGCAGGAGGGCGUGAGGGAGGUGUUCGUGGAGGCUGUGCGCGCCGUGCUCUACCCCAUCACCAAGAAGAAUACCAAGAAGUGUGUGCUCUUAUAGUCGUCCGUGAUGGAGAUGAACUCGUGAACGAGCUCUUUCUGAUUUGGUUUCGCUGACUUCUGUGUGUCUCAUUCCCUUUCUGCAUCAGUCUGUUGAAGUUGCUUGCCUGUCUUUGUUGUUGAUUCUGUUGCCAGA